UUUACUUUCCAUUACUUCUUAAAUAAAAUGAAUUCUUAUUUUGAUUUGGAACCUACUACUGACUCAAUAAAUUAUAAUAGUGGAACAUAUGGGGGAGAUCAUCUGGAUGAUUCACAAAAGGACUUGAAACAACAGAACAACGAGGUCAACGUCAAACGCAUUGGGGAAGCUGUUGAUGAUCAGAUUCAAAAGGAUCUCCAACCACCGUUUACACCCCCUUCAAAUUUUUCUUUUGGAAUUGUGACUUCCGCCAACAGGCGCGUCUCAACUCGUAAACGUCGUUCGGCCAAACUAGCGCUUACUCCAACCUCUUCUGUAAAACGACGUCGAGUUACAAAUGAGGGACGUGGAAAUACUCCUGUUUCUACUACUCCGGGCAGUGCUAAGAGAAGGCGAUCACGUGCGAAGAACCAAAUUAAUUGGACGCCAUUAAUCAAUUUUGAUGAUCGUGAAGAUCCAUACAAUUUCUUUUUCAAAUCUAAUGAGCAUCCUACACCAUUGUCCGAAAUUAGUGUUAAACGCGCUUCAUUUGGUGAGAGUGAAAAAUCGCCAAGAAAUCUUUUAAUGGACUAUAAUAAGGAACCAACUUUUCGUUUUACGUAUGACAUUAGUGACAAAAGUCUCAGUAAUAUGAAAACUCCGACAUUAAUCAAGCGUCGUGCUGAAGCUAGUUUAGUUGAUACGCCCAAAGCAACACAUCAAAAAUCGUUACCGAGGACUAGAACUAUUACACCUCGUGGUAAGCAGCCAAUAUAUCGGGAUGUUUCUACUGAAGAUAAGCUUACUACAGAUAUGCAUGUUUGGUCUGCCUAUAGGAAAAAAGUUGAAGGCAAAAAUCUCGCCAAUAAAUCUUCGCCGAGAACUACAACUACACCUCGUGGUAAGCGGUCAAAAAUAAAUCUGGACGGUUUUACUGAAGAUAAUCUUGAUGUUAUGUCAGCUUAUGAGAAAGAAGAAGAUAAACGAGUUCAAGACGACAAUAAUGACAAGUAUCUCACCAAUAGGCCGUCACCGAGGCUUAGAAGUCGUUCACCUUUAAGUAAUAUUACAACUCCACAAAAGCAACAAUCUCCUCAUAAAAUCUCUCGAAGUGCUAAAAAGAAUGAUACUAAAGAAGGAGAAGGCGAUUAUUUGGAGACAACUGGUGAAAAUGUUGAUGCGGCAAUAAAUAAAGAGAAUUUGGAAGACUUAAACGAUAGCCACAAUAUCUCAAUUCUUGAGGAUAAUAGCACACCUCAAAGGAAGCUAACAAUAAGUCCAUUUGAUGUUAUAGAAAUUCUUAGUCCUGUGCAGGAGAUUACUGAGCUCAACACAGCUGGUUCGUAUGCUUCCAGUACUGCCAGCGUUGAGGACAAACUUUUUGCUGGCUUCAAAUUUGUGUUCACUUCAGCGAAUCGUCCAAAUAAAGGUUUUUUAAUAGAGAAAUUUUUUCAAUAUUUUUUUCAAGUGCACGACUUUAACAAGCGCGAAUAUCGUACAAUAAUUGGAGAACGUGGGGGUAUCGUGAUGGAAGAUUUUUUGGAUCUCAAGGAGGGAGAACAUGCUGUUUUGGUCGCUGAUACUUUUUACCGAACACACAAAUAUUUGUCCGCUCUUUCGUUGUCAAUUCCUUGUGUGAGUUGUCUUUGGAUACAAGAAUGUGUUGCUGAUAAAAAAUUGCUCAAGUAUGAAGAAUUUCUGCUGCCCGCUGGUGAAUCGACUUCUGAGCCCGGACGUAUCUGUCAAUGGAAGCCUUUGAAAGGUGUUCUUUUCAAUGGCAAACGAAUCAUUGUUUACAACCGUUAUUACAAUGAAGAUCCUAAUGUUGUUUCAUUUGGAGAGAUUUGGAUUUCAAUGAUGCGGAACCUUGGAGCUACGGUUGUUGGGAUUGAAAAUGGUGAACCUUUUUCGAAAGAGGUGAAUAAAACUGUGACGCUUGAAGAAAAAUUGGAAUUUUGCAGGAAAACUAAUUUCGAAUUCUUUCUCACCGAAAACGAUUGUGAACCUGAGUUAGCCGGAUGUGUAAGUGCAAAGAAUGCUUUGGCUGUUUCAAGUGAAUGGGUUAUACAGGCAAUGAUUACUGGAGAACUGCCUAGUGUAGAAGAAUGUGAUUGUUUCCGCUACGACCAUAUGCGAGAAUGAAGUUAAAAAAAGAGAAUGGUCAGCUUGAAGUAGAAUAGAAAAAAUAUUUUUUAAGAAACUUCUACCAAAGAAUUAUUUAUUGACUUAUAGAUUAUUAUAUAUUUAUUAAAUUCAAAAAUUUGUUUUUUAUACAAUUAUAUAUGGGUAAAAUUGUUUUGACGUCUUUUUUGUUAUUUAAACGAGAUCGGAUCAAAGAU